AUGUGCAACUAUUUCAAAAACUAUUAUAUCUAUAGUCGUUGCUCAAAUCCAAGCGCGCAUGUUAUAAAGACUUCUUUGGAUAAUGACGGAGCCAAAAGUAAAGAGUGCAGCUCUUCUCCUCACGAUAGAUUUAUCGUCGUGGCUGGCAAUUGCAUCUUAUGUGACCCCACGGGAGGCGGGGACUUGCCCGACGAAUCAGAUGAGGAAAUCAAUGCGAUUCUAGCACGCGAUUACUCAAAGCCUCAUAUGAGGACUUCUGCUCCCGAGGAAAGACCAUUGCCUUCUGCAACUUCUCGGAUGACCUCCUCCCACGAUGACUCUGGAUACGCAUCGAGAGCAACCAGAAGUGCCGAGAGCAAGACUCGAAUAUCUGGCCUAUCUCGUUUAAAUGAUACAGGUGCAAAAGAAAAAUAUGCAUCGGAGACAUCAAAUAGAGCGCGCUUGAAAGAACGACAAUAUGAAACUGAUGACCGAUCUGAUCGUGAUGCAGAGUCUGUUUAUACUGCGGGUCCUGACAUACAUCCUCAAAGGCGCGAGGCUUAUAUUGUCGUAUUCGCUGAUGAACUGCUGAGCAGAGCUUUACCAGAGGAAAUAGACGAAGAUCUUAUCGGAAGUCUCUGUGCAGCUUUGCCAAAACUUCUGAAGAUAUUCGCGACCAUGGUGGGCGCUGCUGAUACAAAACAGAUACAUCGAGAACUAAUGGUAUUCAUUCGAAAGCAUCGUUAG